AUGGCAGCAGGACUAGAUGCGCUAGUGCCGUUCUGGAAGGAGUGGGGAAUCCAGAUGCUGGUGCUGCUGAGUUUAGCACUGCAGGUGAUUCUCCUCAUCACGGCGGAGAUCCGCCGUCGCAAAGACUCCAGUGUGCUAAGGGCCGUUGUGUGGUCGGCGUACCUGCUGGCCGACACAACGGCCAUAUACACUCUAGGCCAUAUGUCGGUGACCAGCAGGUCGCCGGAGCACGAGCUGGUGGCGUUCUGGGCGCCGUUCCUGCUGCUGCACCUCGGUGGCCAGGACAACAUUACCGCCUACUCCAUCGAGGACAACUGGCUGUGGAUGCGUCACCUGCAGAGUUUCAUCGUGCAGGUCCUCGCGGCUGCCUAUGUCCUCUACGAGUCGUCCAUCUUUUCAGGUGGCGGCCGGGGCAUGCUCCAGCAGGCCACCAUACUCAUGUUCGUGGUUGGUGUUGUCAAGUAUGCGGAGAGAGUGUGGGCGCUCAAGUGUGCCAGCAGCAGUACACUAUCCGGGAAGAACUACCGUAGUUUUGGCAGGGUGGUUAUAGAAGGACGACAAAGGUACCGGACUGGAAUGAUUCAGUCGGGAUCGAGUCUAGCUAUUCUUCUGUUGAACAUUCCCAAGCAUCUACUUAAGGGGCCGUUACCUCUUGUGACAGUUGACUGGAUUGUAGAUAUUGACUGGAAGCAGAUGUACCAUGUAGCCGAGAUCCAGCUCUCGUUGAUGCAUGACGUCUUCUACAGCAAAGCUGAGUUGAUCCAUAGUUGGUAUGGGUACUGCAUCCGCCUCACCUCACUGCCAGCCACUGUCACCGCAUUGCGGCUGUUCGUUCGAUUCACUGGCAAAGAUGGUUACAACAGAGUAGAUGUGGCUGCCACUUAUGUUUUGCUAGCUGGAGCCGUCGUCCUGGAGAUCAUAUCAAUGCUGAGGGCCAUGUUCUCCACCUGGAUAUACCAGCAUAUGAUGACAAUAAGGCGUGGUCGUCCUGGUGUUAGCACAGUAUUAUUACUUUAUUUGUUUCAUCUUGUAUCUAGAUCUGGGGAGUUUGUCAGAUAUGCAAUACGGAGAGUACGAAUGCCUACGAGGUACUGGGCAGGCACCAUGGGGCAACACAACUUUAUUUACAUGUGCAGCCAAUGCAAGGACAACCGAAGCAGCAAAGUCGCGAGAUGGUUGGGACGGGAGGACUGGUGGAACACACUGGUUUACACAUCCUCGUCUGUCCCCGUACCGGCACAUUUCAGUCACCUGCUGAAGAAACAACUGAGGGAAAGUGUGGGCGUCGACGAAGAGAACCCAGACCACAUCCAAAACUCACGGGGUCGGGCGGCGUUGAAGAAGAGGGGGUUCUAUGAGGAGUUGCUGGCCUGUGAAAGAUAUGAAGCGUUCCUACUCCAUCGAGGGAGCCGCGUGGUAGUUUAUAUUGAUGCGUGGCCGAAGCCUGGCUUGACGUACAAGGUUAUGACAGAAAGAGUUUGGGUAGAAUACAAGAGAAGGAAGGAGGUUGAGAUUACAACUCUAUAUUCUAACACCCUCCCUUAA